AUGGUUCGGAACGCGAAGAGCACCGCAUUUGCGGCGGUGUCCGGAUACUCUCUGCGGACCUUGAAAAUUCAGGUGAGGGAUGUACGUGGAGAUGUCGCGCCGGUUCGUACCCAUAUCCGCAGCAGGUCUCCAAGGAUUGGCUCUGAGGACCGGGGCGUGUCGGGUUUGGACGGGAAGCGGAUGCGGCCGGUGCCGGGCCUGGUCGAUGCUCGUGCGUCUCUCGGGGCGUGCGGGCUGAAUCCGGACCCGCGUUCCGGCCCUCCGCGGAGCUUCUCCCUAGCCGUAAGGUCGCGCCUUUUUCGUUUCGUGCGCGAUCGGCGCGCGCGACCUACGAACCGCCGUUCAAAACGGUCAGCUCAGAACUGGCACGGCCGAGGGGAAUACGACUGGCUAAUUAAAACAAAGCAUUGCGAUGGCCCUCGCGGGUGU